AUGGCGCUGCCGCCGCCUCCCCCGUUGAUGCUGCCGCCGCUGCUGUCGCUGCUGUCGUGGUGGUGGUGGUGUCCGUGCUCGGGGCUGAACUUCAGCUACCACGGGCAGGCGGCCCUGGAGGGCUUCCUGGGGGACGUGGCCGCCGCGCACCCGGACAUCGCACACCUGCACAGCGUCGGAACCUCCGCCGCAGGUAGAAACCUGUGGGUUCUCGUCCUGGGAAGGUUUCCAACCAAGCACACAGUUGGGAUUCCUGAGUUCAAAUAUGUGGCUAACAUGCACGGGGACGAGACCGUGGGAAGGGAGCUGCUGCUUCACCUGAUCGACCACUUGGUCACCAACGACGGACGGGACCCAGUCAUCACCCGCAUGCUCGAUACCACCCGCAUCCAUAUCAUGCCUUCCAUGAACCCCGACGGAUUUGAAAGCAUCACCGAGCCCAACUGCUAUUACUCGGAAGGCAGGUAUAACGGAAACAGCUUCGACUUGAAUCGGAACUUCCCAGAUGCAUUUGAAAAUCACAGCGAAGUCAUUCAGCCGGAAACCCGGGCGGUAAUGAACUGGCUGAAAUCGGAGUCGUUUGUCCUCUCGGCCAAUUUACACGGAGGGGCCGUGGUGGCCAGCUACCCGUUCGACAAUGGCAACGAAAAGACGGGGAUAUUGCAGGGCCAUAGCCUGACCCCAGACAAUGAUGUUUUUGAAUAUCUUGCCUAUGUGUACGCCUCAAAGAAUUCCAAAAUGCAGAAAGAAAAUCAGUGUAAAAACAGUAAGAGCUUCACCAGCGGUAUUACGAACGGGUACAACUGGUACCCACUCCAAGGUGGAAUGCAAGAUUACAACUACAUCUGGGCACAGUGUUUUGAAAUCACACUGGAGCUGUCAUGCUGCAAAUACCCAUCAGUGAAGCAACUUCCCAGCUACUGGAACGACAAUAAAGACUCAUUAAUUGAAUACAUUAAACAGGUUCAUCUAGGUGUGAAGGGCCAAGUUUUCGAUCAGAAUAAAUCCCCCAUCCCCAGCGUGAUAGUGGAAGUGCAAGGAAGAAGCCACAUCUGUCCUUACAGAACCAACAAAUAUGGAGAAUAUUACCUUCUUCUCCUGCCCGGAUCCUAUGUGAUUAACGCUACCAUACCGGGGCACAACUCGAUGCUCAAGAAGGUCACCGUUUCAGAUAGCCCCCGGAACUUCAGCGCUUUGAAAGUGGACUUCGAUUUCCCAUUCCCCAUGAAGCUGGCCCCCAACACGACGCACGACGCCUGGUGCCCCGAAAUCCCUCUCUACGUGGAUUUCAGAAGCCGCUCGGAGGCGCUGAAGCCUUGCUCGCUCUUCUUGGUUUUACUGACUCUUUUGACCGCAACUUUUUAAAUAAAACAAACAAACAAAAAAGCCCAGCAGAAGCCAUCGCUAGCCAACGCUAGGAUAAACUCAUCCAGCGGACCGUCCUCCCCUUUCGCGGCUGACCACUCUGUCGGGACCGUGUCGACCCCCGGGGGGAAGCGAUUAACUUCUCCCAGCGAUGGACUGUUUCUAAAUUCUACAGAGGCAUCCUUUGUGGUAACACCAAGGCCCUUUUUUUUUAAUCUCAUCUCGACCCUCGCCAGAAGAGGUCGAGGAGACUGGGGCCGGUUUAGGUGCUGUUGAAAACGAUGCCGUUCAAGAAUUCACGCGCCAUGGUUACUUCAAAGCUUUUCCUUCCACCUGAGGUGCGAGGUUAUCUUACCUUUCACCACAUUUCCAGGGCUGAGAUGACAAAGUCAGGGGCUACCACUUCGGCUCCGUCUGACCCACCAUCCCCCCCGCUCCAGACUCGACUUCAGCCCUGACUCUUGGUUCAACAUGUGUAUUGACUUCUUGCCUUAAAGACACCACCCCCAGGCCCCAACACACAGACACACACACGUAAGACGGCUUGUGUGGUCUACACCGGACACAACUUGCUCUGGACACUCAAUAAGUCUACAGGGCACCAGGCAAUCCUUGGAAAACGAUCUUUCCCCGGAAAGCUAAGUCGGUAAUUUCCUUCCCAAGACAAGGUUCCUCACCCUAGAAUCAGCCACAGUCACAGUGUCCCCCUCCGUGGUGAUUUCCAUCACGAUUUCCACCGCUUGUCCUGCUGCCGUUUGCACUUUAAGGGUGGAUGGAUGGAUUUGCAUUUUCCUCCCAACCAGCCUCCUGUAACCAUUUGAAGAAGCUUAACGCCAAAAAAACUCAUGGAGCAAAAAAAAAAAAAGCCUGUGUUUUGCAAAAUCUAUAUUAACGUAGAAGAGUUUUACACAUCUUGGUUAAAUCAGAUCAACGGGAUAUUUUGAUCACUUUGAAGAAUCUUGUAUUUUUACUCCUAUAGAAAAUACAGUAUAUUGCAGAAGAGUCUAAGCCAUUAUUAAACUUAAGAUUGCGAAUUCCACA